GGCUCGAGCCGUGGCCUUCCCCGAAGCCCCGAGCGCUCCCAGGAGCCCGCGCGCGCCCCCCUCGGCGGGCCCCCGGGCCUCCCGACAGAGCUACACGGAUGGUCGCCGCGGGAGGCGCCCACACGGUGCUGCUCAGGAGCGACGGCACGGCCGUGGCCUUCGGCUCGAAUGACCGCGGCCCGUGCGCCGUGCCGGCGCUGGACGGGGCGCUGACGUACACCGCGCGCCUGCUCGUCGGCGCGGCGCUGCUCCUGCAGGCGUCGCUCGACGGCGGCGCGGUGCGCUUCCUGACCCUGGGCGGGGUGGAGCGCUGCCGGGUGCGGGCGGCGCCCGGCGCGCCGCUCGCUGGCGUGCGCGACUGGCUGGCGGGCGAGCUGGGCGCGGGCAGGCUGGGCCCCGGGAUCGACCGCGCCGACGCGGCCCUGCCAGGCGGACGGCUCCUGAGCGGGGCCUCGGCGGGCGAGACCGUCGCAGACGCCUUCGGGUUGUAGGUAUCGGGUCGCCGCCGUGCUUCGUCCUGGGCCUUGGGGUGUCAUCCAGGUCAAGAUCCCCACUGCCCUGUGGUCGUCGGACCGGACACGACCCUUGACUGGGGGUGUGCAUCGCGCCAUUUUGGCAGCGUACUUCCUGCUCCCUGGGUGCCUGUCUCCUCUCAGACUCCCUGGGCUGCAGCUUGCACCUCCGCCUGAUCCGCGGCCCGCGCGCGCGCCCGGCUAAUUUGUUACGGCCGCAGCCCGACCGUGACCUGCCGCCGCCGGCGCUUCCGCCCGCGGCUGUAAAAAAAAGUAUCCCCACCAGCCAGCUUCUCUUCCGCUGGCAUCCGUUCAGUGUUUUUGCAGGGCAAUCUUCUGGCAUCGUCCUUUGCCGUGCACUCGCUACAGCGGCCUACGUGCCACUGCAGCCAAUUAUGUCGCUCUGUGCCCCAGAACGUUAUUCGUUAUUCCCGCUCGCUUGAUCUGUCCUUCGAGACGAGAAGGAGGAGGUUCUGGCAUGUGCGAGCAGCGCAACGGCAUAUGCCCUCGCCUUUUCAGUUUUGGCCGGAGACAAGACGAAAGUCCGACCAUCUUUGAGGAAUGAGGUAUUCCGAAGGUAGUCUCGGUGAGGAGUUCCAAGACAUGUGCAGCCUAGUAGUAGCCCAGCUGUCAGCGGUAAGCAAGAACGCGCCUUUGCCUGGCCUCCUUGCCACCAGGCGGCAUCCCUGGCCGCCUGGUUUGGCAGCGCGUGCUGCACCCGCUAAUCUGAUACAAGCCUCCUCUCAUCCCAAGACAGUUUUUGCAAUUUCUCGAAAGAGUGCGCAAGGCUUCCAAGCCUGGGCUGGGCACGGUUCCUUUUCUGCACGUGGCGUUCUGCGCGACGUGGCUUCCUGAGGUCCGUAUGAGGAGAAAAAAAAA